AUGACGCCUUCCGCAUAUUUAGCCCAUUAUCCGGAGCCACCAACGGACGCAGCUGUUGCUGAUGCUCGCAGAGAGCUCCAGGCACAGCAAGAGCAGCUCUUAGCGCUUUCGGAAAAGAUUACAUCCGCGGAAGACGCCCUGGCUCAAAUUGUCGUCGAGAGAAAGCGCGCUAUACGUGACCUACGACGCGAAAAGUUGUUGUUAGAGGAGAAGGUGAUAUAUACAAAGGCGUAUAUCUCUCCUAUACGCCGGUUGCCACAUGAACUACUCCGCCAUAUCUUCCUUUUCAACUUCGAUGAUCAUCCUUGCUGUGCUUGGGUGCUUGCAUCUGUCUGCACGCUAUGGCGAAGACUCACGCUGUCAAUGCCGAGGCUGUGGUCCAAGAUAAGACUCGUGACAAAUCAAAGCGCAACCGCCGAUACCAUACGGCUUUGGCUGGAACGUUCUGGAGACAAAGUGCCGCUCGAUAUCGAGAUUUACUUGCGAGUCAACGGUGUGUCUAAUGAGGGCUCAUCGACCCGUACACGACCUGCCUCACCUACGCCAUGGUUGCAUCCGCCCAGUCCACCACCUCAUUAUGUGAUCCCACACCCUCCGGGAACAGCGAUGCUCCUACCACCCGCCCAUACUCCUAUCAUUGUCCCGCAAUCACCUUCGCAUCACGAUUCAUGGGGUUCACCCCCUCCACCUUCUUCAAGAAAUACCCCACAAGCUCAGCGGAACGCUCACUGGGGCCAUAUCGCAAUAUUCUACCUUAUCGAGCAAAUGCACCGAUGGCAACGGUUUGUCUUCAGGUUCGACAGGCAGUUUCCAUCCAUGUCCGCGCUGAAAUCAAUAGCUGGCGACGCCCCCAUACUUAGAGAAUUUGAAAUCUCUUGCGCCGAAACUAUUUAUGCGAGUGAAUGGCCAUGGAUACCGAGUUCAAGUCCAGCGACUAGUAUGGCUCUUGGCAAACUAGAGUCACUGAUGUUACACCACGUCCCAUUCAAAUGGUCAUCACCAAUAUUCAAAACCAAUCUACGGUCGCUUAAUCUCCGUUCACUUCCAUCGAAUCAUCUACCGUUGGAUCGCAUCAUGCACAUUAUCGCCAGUAACCCAGAUCUUGAAUCGCUCACCUUAUAUUUUGCUGUUGCUCUGCCAGCUAUUCUUCCCCUUGUCCAGACUUCGUUACCUCGGCUUCGUGAACUCACCUUUGGCGGUCACUACCACAUGUCGCAACUAGCGGACUCGCUCGUGCUUCCCUCUUUAGAGAUACUCAACCUCGAUGUAGAAGCCCGUGAUCCGAUAGAAGACACCAUUACCAAUCUCCUACAACGCUCGAACAAUCCACCGAUUACCCGCCUCUCUGUCUCGUACGGCAGUACCUCGAGCUCGACGCUUUAUUAUGGCCCCGGCGGAGUCGUCAUCUCGUGGGGUUUCUUAACGGACCUAAACCAUCUGCAAUCGUUGAGCAUAGGCGGGACGCCGCUCGAGCCAUUUUUGUCAGCGCUCGGAAUGCCCGACGAGGAACAGACCCAUUGGGCGUGCCCGAAUUUGACGACGGUGGCGAUGAAAAGUUGUCAUGCGCAUUCUGAUGGGAUAGCGAAGCUGGUGCAGCUUGUGGAGGCUCGCAAUCCAGAGUCGGGAUCUGCGACGAUGGUAAAUGGAGUUAUACCGACGAGACUGCAGCACCUGGAGUUGUAUGAUUGUGCGACACUGGGACAGGAUGUGAUAGAGUGGCUGAAGAAGAGGGUAGAUGAGGUUAUUUGUACUGAGCCUUCUUCGUAUGUAAGGUCUCCUUGA